GAUUAGGUUUUUACAGGCAACACGACCGAGGAAAAAACACUCGCCUUCCACCGCCGCGACAAACAUAAUUAAAUUGUACAGCUACACGAAUACUUCGGUAACUGCUGUUAUUUUUAGGAAUGGCGCGCCCGACAAGUUAGUAUCGCGAGUUUAGCUCGUUCGCGGGAAUCAGGCUGCUACUUCCCGGGAACAGAACCGUUUCAAUUUAGCUAACGCUAACUGUUAAACCCGUACUAUCAAAGCCGUAAAGUUACGUCUUUGCCUAGCGUCAUACUAACUUUCCUUCGACUCUAGACUAACAUCGGUUUUCAGAAAGAAAGAAAUGACUGCGGAGCAGAGGACAAGCUGGAUACUGACAGGCGCCACAGUCGCUUGUGUCACAGCUCUUUAUGUGCCCUGCGUGCAGAGGACUGUACCCGGCGGAGACUCAGGAGAGCUGAUCACCACUGCUUGUGAGCUGGGGGUGGCCCAUCCUCCAGGAUAUCCUCUCUUCACCUUAGUGGCUCGCCUGGCUAUGUGUCUUCUGCCCUCGCUCACUCCGGCCCACAGCGUCAACCUGAUGAGUAGUCUCCUGGGGGCUGCAGCUUGUGGUGCCCUCUGCAUUUCUGUCUGCAGGUUGGCGGGUCCUGGUCCUGGUGCAGUACUGGCUGGGGGGCUGUUCGCUGUGUCCAGGCUGAGUUGGCAGUGGUCCAUGGUGGCGGAGGUCUUCACCCUCAACAACCUUUUUGUUGGUCUUCUCUUCUUCUUGACUGCCAGCUUCCACUGUGCUGAAAACGGCACCCGGAGAGGGAAGAUUGCACAUUGGGGAGCGCUGUGCUGUGGCUUGGGGCUCUGUAACCAGCACACCCUGGUGCUCUAUGUACUGGUCAUCAUUCCCUGGGUCCUCCACCGACUUUACUCUCACAAGGAGCUGUCUUGGCGUCGUCUUGUGUCCCUGGGAGUGUGUUUCCUCACUGGCUUUCUGCCAUACGCCUACCUCCCCAUCUCCUCCUACCUCAACACAGCCCGCUGGAGCUGGGGGGAUCAGACCACCCUGUUGGGCCUCCUGACCCACCUGCUGAGGGCUGAAUAUGGCACCUUCAGUCUGGCAAAGACAGAUAGCUCUGUAAACUUGACCAUCAUGCUAAAGGCCCAGUUGGACCACUGCCUGGCAGACCUUUCACUUCCUGCUCUGAUGCUGGCGGGAAUAGGCCUUCUCCUCUCGUCGUGGGACAGGACAUGUCGCUCAGUGUCCUGGCUGUUGAGCAUCAUGCUGGUGGUCUACUCGCUCUUUUUUGCGUGGAGAGCCAACCUGGACAUCAGUAGACCCCUACUGCUGGGAGUGGUUGAGCGUUUCUGGCUGCAGAGUGAUGCUGCAGUGUGUGUGCUGGCAGGCCUCGGCUUGAGCCGGACACACAGUGAGCUGGAGAGGAGGCUGGGCCGUGGGGGGUUGUGGAAGACCACAGGCUGGGUCCUCACCAUAUCUCUGCUGGCACAUAUGGUGCGCACCAAUCACAAGGAGUGUGAUCAGAGCAGAAACAGUGUGGUCGAGAGGUUCGGCAGGCAGCUUCUGGCCUCCAUCCCAGCAGACUCAAUCAUCCUGACCAGAGGAGAUCUACCUGGAAACUCUCUGCGCUACUUAUACUACUGCCAGGGUGUACGGCCCGAUGUACGUCUGGUCGACCAGGAGAUGAUGACAUACACAUGGUAUGUGGCCAAGCUAGCGCAGCACCACCCUGGGGUACACUUCCCUGGCCUCUGGUGGGACCCGGUCCACCCUGAGGAGACGGACACCUUCAGUCUGGAGCAGUUUCUGUCCCACAACACACAGAGGGAUGUGUUUGCCUGCAUUGGGCUUCCUGAUGGGGACCCAAGCUGGGAGCGUAGUUUCUCUCGUUGGCCCCUGGGUGUGUGUGACUACCUGGUGCCAGUUCAGAGGCACUUUCACCCCGAAGAGUGGGCCCGUAGAACUCGCAACAUCUACAACUGGAGCGAACCACACGACAGUUUCCAUCCCGCAUCCUGGGAGCAUGUUGCUAAUGAGGAGAUGUGGCAAGCCAGGAUGAAGACGGCUUUCUUUCUGUUUGACCUGGCAGAAAGGAUGCAGGGAGAGGGGAAAGCUCGCCUCUUUGAGCUGUCUUACACUUUGUAUAAGGAGAUUGUGGAGGCCCACUCAGACUACCCUCCAAACUGGGACAAGAACUUGGCACUGGCCUGCGAGAGGCUGCUCCGCUCGGGUCACCAGGGCUACAGUCCAGACAGCCUGCUGACCUGCAGCACCCAGCACUUUAGUCUCUACUUAGAGAAAGAACCCACGGAUCCCCAGGCACCCGCCAUACGCUCUGCCAUUACUCACCUGCUCAAAGAGAGAGACAGGCUCCGCCAGAGCCGGAGGCGUGUCCCAUAACAAGAUCCAGAGAGACCUACGUGCAGCUGGCACACUGAGAGUGUGCCACAAGCCCAGCCCGAAGUGCAAGGCACCAGGGAUAAAGUCUGAAUGUGCCUCUUCUCGUGGCUUGAGAGUGGUGCUCCAGAAGGAUAGAAUGAUGUUAAGUUAAGGUUUUUGCAAAAUGGACUUGCUCAAAUUGGACUUAUGAGUAGAGGGUUAAGAGGAGUGCUAAUGCAGAAGUACUGGUCUCACAAAGGACAGAGAUCUACCACAUGGCCGUGUUUCCUUUGAUGAAUAUUUGUAGUUGGCCAGGGACAGAGCUUGACUUUGGGAAGCCUUGACUGACCCCAAUCAAGCUGUGCGUGCUCCCCUUAAACUCACCCAUUCGAUUGCUUUAUCGUCGCGUCUUGCUCUUUUUUCUCUCCUUUUCUGCUCUCACAGUUUUUAACGUGCUGAUUAUUUUGCCACAGCCACUGCUCUAGUUCUCUUUUUCUCACAUCAGGAUGGCAAGGACGAGAUUGAGGGAAAACCAAUUUGGGGGCAGAAAUGGGGGAUUAGAGCAGCUGUUUAAUCUAGGACGGACUUGUGCUGUGCCACAUAGUCCCCACUCCGCAUAACCGGCACUACCCACCCACCCAUUCACCCACUUCUCUAUCCUUCCAUCAGUCUAUCUUAGAUGGUCCUUUAAAUGUUUAAAACUAAUGGAUUCGAUGAGUGUUUUUUUUUCCUCUUUUCCUUCCUAACGGGAGGGCUGUAAUCCCUCAUGGAUUUAAAUGAAAUGUGAAAUGUCAGAAUGCCAGGGACCCUUUUAGAGGUGUGUUUCUGUGUGCAGUGAGUGCAUGCGUGUUGAUUUGGGUUUGCAUGUCGACGUGUGUGUGUGUGUGUGUGUGUGUGUGUGUGUGUGUGUGAACAUGCUUAAAUCUCCACCCAAGCCUUUUCUCUGCCCGGAACCGCAUAUAAACGUUGUCAAUAAACAGAUCACCGCACUGGAGAGAGAGAGAAGCACAAAGCCAUGCAAAGUCCGGGGACGCACGUAAGACACGCAAGACCAUCAGCCUCUCGGCUCCCAGGAAAAUGGACUUUUAGCCCUGUGAGGGCUGCUGAAGAGACAACGUAGCGUGCAAACACAGCGAGAGGACCAGAGUCACUUGUGUUUGACAUGUUCUCAGGGUCCAAAACCUCAGUUACACGCUGUUUUUGUAAAUGCCGGUGCUGAUGUUAAUGAACCUUGUGCUAUGAAAUUUGUUGUGCAGAGGUCAAACCAGUGUAUUGCCAUAAGCUUUAUGAAACACUGCUGAAGGAGCCUGCUGUUUGCGAUACCACUAGAAAGCGAAGGACAGUAAGUGCAUGUGUAGUUUUCACAGAAUGUAAUCUGACGCUCUGUUCGCAGGCCUGGUUAGCGGCUGUCAGCUGGCUGGAUGAUGAGAUUCGACCUGCUGCAGCACAGAUGGUUUGGUUUCUUCUAAAAAAAAACUGUCACUCUGCUUUCUACAGA